AUGUUUGACGAAUCUCUUCCUUCACCACUUCUAUGGCCAGGUUUGAUUCCUUCAUUUUUCUUACUUCGCCUUGUUACUCCUCUAUCAUCACAGUUCCAUCUUUCCUCUGCUUUUGUUGGUGUUUCCCUUCCCGGGUUGGUUCUGAGACGGCCGGAUGGAAGCGCCGUUGGAGCUGCAACUAGGGUUCAUAAUGGGGUAGCGGACGCGGCAACUGGAGAAGCGAUGGGACUGAACGACGCCAUGGACUGGGUUGAAAAGUUAGGAGAACACAAGGUUAUCUUCGAAUUGGAUUCUCAAAUUAUAGUGAAAGCGGUGAAAGAGAAAGCGAUGAUUCGAAAGGGAUGGGGCUGCGUGACUCGCCGGUGCAAGCGCUUCCUUGAGGUGAACCCUGAAGCCAACAUCAGAUGGGUUCCUAGGGCUGCAAACAAGGCUGCUCAUGAGUUAGCAAAAUGGGCCGAUCAUGAGCCCAAUAGAGAGUGGUUAAAUACUACACCCCCCUGUAUUUGGUCUCUUAUACAAAAAGAUAAGAGCCUCAUUGUUUUUCCCUAG